ACCCUGUAAAGUGGGAAAAAACAAAAGGAGAUUUCUUUUAACAACCGGUUCUCCUAAGUACUUAACUGCUUAGCCCCCUCCCCAGCUGGGAAAGCUCUUUUUGGUGGUUCCAGAUCAAUAAUCACUACUGGCAAUCCUGAGAGGAGUUUCCUUCUCCCCCAACCCUUGGGACGCCCCGCCUCCCACAGGGUUGCAUCUCAGGGAAGGGAACAAUUCAAUAUCAGAGACUCCUCUUAAUGGUGGUUAUUCUGGGAAUCGGAGGAUCACUGCAGGUUGGCUUCCAAGGAUCUAUGAUCACUUAUGCAUCUAUGCACAUCAAAGAGUUCAUCAAUGAGACGUGGUUGGAGAGGUUUGGACAUUCAGUCCGUCCUUCAACGCUCACCUUAUUGUGGUCUUCGGUGGUAUCCAUCUUUGGCUUGGGAGGUCUCCUGGGCUCCAUGAGCAGUGGAUGCCUGGCCGCCAAAUAUGGAAAGAAGAAGUGCUUUUGGGGCAGCAGCGUGCUGAUGGUGGCCAGCGCAUUCCUCCUGGGCUUCAGCAAAAUGGCCAGGUCUGUCGAACUCAUUCUGGUUGGACGUUUUCUGUGUGGCAUCAGCACAGGUGUUUGUAUCCUUCUUCAUCCCCAGUACCUCGGGGAGGUUUCCCCAAAAAAACUCCGUGGAUUUACCACUUCAACUGCUUCCAUGUUUUGGUGUUUGGGAAAAGUCCUCGGUCAAGUUAUGGGACUAAGGGAGCUUUUGGGAAGUGGGGCCCUCUGGCCAAUGCUGCUGGCCUUCAGUGGGACUGCGGCCUUGGUCCCCUUGCUCACACUACCAUUCUUCCCCGAGUCACCACCUUACUUGCUCUUGCACAAAGGAGACGAAGAAGGAUGUGUGAAAGCAAUGAAGACCUUCUGGGGGGAAGAGCCUCAUCGGGCAGAACUGGAUGAUUUGCGGAAAGAGCAAGCAGCCCUGAACAUCGCCCAGAGCAAGAGCUUCCUGGAAGUGGUCAAGGAGCCUUCCCUGCGCUGGCAGCUCUACAUGUUGCUUGUCCUGGCAGUGACCACACAGCUGAGUGGCAUCCAGGCAAUUUACUCCUACACCUUUGAAGUGCUCCAGACGGCUGGGUUCCACCUUGAACAGAUCCCCUACUUGGCCCUGGGAGUGAGCCUCUGUGAAUUUUUUUCCACCGUCCUUUGUAGCUUCAUCAUUGAACGAUUUGGAAGAAAGGUGCUACUCUGGGCAGGCUACGCAUUGAUGGGCACCAUGCUGGCUGGUAUCACCUUAGCUCUCUCCUUGCAGCCCUGGUUCUCCUGGAUGCCUUAUUGUUGCCUGUCUUUGAUCUUCUGUUUUGUAUUUGUCUUUGGAAUGGGCCCAGCUGGUGCCACAGUCUCUCUCAGGAUGGAAAUCUUUGAUCAGUCAUCCAGAGCCCCUGCCUUUGCGAUUAGUGGGACCCUCAGCUGGGUUGGAGUCUUUGUGAUUGGAAUGGUGUUUCCGUUGAUGAUGGAAAACUUCCGUCAGUUCUCCUUUCUCAUCUUCAUGGGGAGCCUUUACACUUCAGGAUUUAUUAUAUACUUCUUCCUGCCUGAGACAAAGAAAAAAUCCAUCCUAGAAAUCCGAGAAGAAUUUGAUAAACUUAAUUUUAAGAAGAAACAAAUUCCUGUUUUAGAAGCCAAGCUGACCAAAGACCAUGAAUUAUGUACCAAACUAUGAGAACGUUGGACUCUCAAAUCUCAGAGAAGCCCUGCAUGGUCCAACCUGCAGCUUUUUGGCGGUCCCUUUAAAUGACUCUCCAGAAUUGCUUCUCUAUCCCUAAGAUGUUAAAGCACUUCCAGUCAUGGAACAAAUCAUGGUUGUUUUGUGAUGACAUGAUCCAGUAAGAAAUAAAAAUCCUUGUAUUCUUCACAA